AUGACGUCUGAGACCACAGCGCCUCCUUCAGGUGAGCGCAGGUAUGACGUCAGAGACCACAGCGCCUCCUUCAGCAACAGUGAUGAAGACGAGGCAGGAUCUCUGUGGUCUCUGCAGCAACAGGGAGGAAGACGAGGCAGGAUCUCUGUGGUCUCUGCAGCAACAGGGAUGAAGACGAGGAGGCUGCAGGCGAGGCCCAUCUCUCCACAUUAUACACAGUGUUCCCCGGCAGCACUCCUGCUCCACUUCUGA